AAAUAAAUGUACACCGUAACGAAGAAAAAAUAGAACAGCGCAUAAUAAAAGCAGCUGAAAAACUAAAUAUGACAUUUGGGGGAGAUAAAGAAGAGAUCGUUUCGUCGUUGUUACAUGGUUAUUCUACCAUCAAAAAGACUAACAACCGUGUAAAUGUGAUGGAUGACGAUGAAUACAGUGAGUCUGCGGCGGAAUAUAAAAAGCAUAGACGCAGAGAGGAAAGACAGUUUACAAAUAAAUUGACAAUGAAAAAUGAAGAAAAGAUCCUUAGUGCCAACAAAAGAACAAAAAGAAAAAGCAUGGAAAUCAUAUCAGAGACAGAGCCGUCUGUAUACCAGACGCUGUUGAAAGAGCAAUAUUCUCAAGAAAAACAACAGCCAUCUAUACUUAAGGUGCUGUUAGAAGAGCAAUAUUCUCAAAAAAGGCAAGAGAGACAGUCUCCACAGAAGAAGCUGUUACAAGAGCAAUAUUCAAAAAAACAAGAAGGACCAUCCAUAUCUGGAACACUAUUGGAAAAGCAAUAUUCUCAAGGAAAACAAGAAGCCCCAUCCAUAUCUGAAAAGCUGUUGAAAGAACAACGUUCUCAAGAAAAACCAAAAGACCCAACCAUAUCUAAACAGCUGUUGAAAGAGCAACAUUCUCCAGAAAAACAAAAAGAGCCGUCCGUACUUCAGAUGCUGUUGAAAGAUAAACAUUCUAAAAAAAGACAGAUAAAGACGUUUGUGUCUGAGAAGCAAUCGAUAGAACAGAAUGCUCGAACAACGCAGCAAAACUUGUCUGUACUUGCGGACCUAUUGAAAGAGCAAAGGACUUCACAAAACCUACAAACACCGGUCACUAAUUUGUUUCCACAAAGGGAAACCAGUUUUAAGGACUUAGGACGACAUAUGGAACGUGGUUCAGUGAUGAAUCGACGCCGUAAACUAAAAUCUGCGGAUGUGUCUUCACUUGCGACAAAAACAAGAAUCCGUGGUGAGAUAAAAAAGGGGCCAUCAUCUCUAUAUUCAAUACUGUUAGGUGACCAUACGGAAACAACGGAUGAUAGCGAGAUAAAUGACAUGCAGAAGUACCCCAGAAUUUUCACUACCGAUGCGGCACCUUCAGUUACUUCUGAAUGCAAAACAUGGGAUUUGUGUGAGAAACAUUACUUGAAAUUACUGAUAAAUACUCAUCCCACAAGUAAUGCAUUCCAAGAAAUGAUUCAAUGGACUGAAGAAGGAAAACUAUGGAAGUUCCCUAUCGACAAUGAACAAGGAAUGGACGAGGAACAUAACAUACAUUUCUCAGAACAUGUGUUUCUGGAACGUCAUUUGACAGGAUGGUGUCCAACCAAAGGUCCCAUACGUCAUUUUAUGGAACUAGUAUGUGUUGGGCUGUCGAAAAAUCCAUACAUGACGGUUCAAGAGAAAUACGACCACAUAAUGUGGUACCGACAAUAUUUUGAGGAUAAGAAGGACUUAUUAAAUGAAUUAGGACUUGUAGAUGUUCAUCCUUCUAAUACGCCAAAACAAAUUAAAGGAAACUCAUAAUAUCAAUCUUUUUCUGA